CAGAGCGUGUUGCCGUUAGAAAUUGAUUUCCAGUUGCUAGGAUACGCGGGGCCGGCUUGAAAGCGCCCCAGCGAUCGCGAGCAUGCCCGCUUCACCUCGCCGGUCAGUCGGCUGCAAGUCGCGCGGCGCCAAGGUGCGAGCAUCAUGGGCCUGCCGGACAUAGAGACCAUACCCGAGACUGGGGCGGUGUUCACGAUCGGCCGUAGCAGAUUCGCGGACAACAUUGCGUCGCAUUUCUUUAUUCGGAAAGAUCCGGUUGUCAUCAUCGAAUGUGGAGAUGAACACUCUGCCGUUGUUUGCCAAACUGGCAGGCUCUUUGUUUUCGGUAGCAACGAUUGGGGUCAGCUGGGCCUGGGUCACAAAAACCAUAUCAGCAAACCAUCGUGUGUAAAAAUUCUGAAACCGGAAAAAGUCACACACGUGGCAUGCGGGAGAGCGCAUACUUUAAUAUGUACAGGAGCACAGAAAGUGUUCGCGUGCGGCAGCAAUCAGGAAGGUCAACUGGGUCGGGAAAAUUCCGCGAUAGGUGACAGCUCGAGUUCUCCAAUCUUGAUCUACGAUUGCGGGCUCGCUGGUCCCCGGAUCGUCCAAGUUGCAGCGGGAUCGCACCAUUCGAUGGUUCUGACGAGUGACGGAGGAGUUGUCGCCUGGGGAAGCAAUCUGGAGGGACAGUUGGGAUUACCAGGGAUCUCGGGUUUGGUUACCAAGCCUACGAAGGUCCCGAUUCCUGAACCGGUGAAGGAGAUCAGCACGGGAUAUUAUCAUUCAGUUUUCUUGACUGAAAGCGGGCUGGUUUAUGUCUGCGGCGAGUCGGAAAGUGGUAAACUCGGAAUCAACGUCAACUUUUCUACGCAGGUCGCACCUAAGCAGAUGCAACUGCCCGCGCCAGCACUUCAUGUCGCAUGUGGUGGCCAUCACACCCUCAUACUAGCAGAAAAUGGCAGUGUUUACUGCUCCGGCAGUAACGCUAGUGGGCAACUUGGCAUGGGCAUAAAUGUUAACGAGAUACACACGCCGAAACUUCUUCCACGCGGGGCUCUUCAAGAUGAAAAGAUCGUCAAGAUCUCUUGCGGUGAAAGUCACAGUGCUAUACUUACUGAGUCCGGCAAACUCUUCACCUGUGGCGACGGCCGACACGGGAAGCUGGGUUUGGAAGAAAACGAAAAUAACGUUCACGAAGUGACAUUUGCUGCCAAAUAUCAGGAGCUUUUCGUUUCGAAUGUUGCUUGCGGGGGGUGUCAUACGAUAUUAGUUGGCCGAAGACACGAGAUAGAUUAUCAAUCACAACGGCAACCGGACUCCAUGGAGCAAAGAAAAAGUUCUCUACCUCCUUUAAAGCUUCCUAUAAAUAUGCAGAAUGAACAUCGAGUGGACAAUACGGGGAAAUCGACUGAUGAAAAAGAUGACUCGCAUCAUCCUGAUAAAAAUAAUGAAACGUCUGAUAAUAAUGACGCUCAAGCGAAUUCUGCGGACGAUUCGUCAAAAGAAAAUGUUAAUAAUGAGGAAAUUUCAUCUUCGGCGAACGAUGAAAAAAUUGCAAGUCCAUCUCCGAAAAAUACUCCAGAAAACUCGCAAGUAAAAGAUCUCGAUGAUGAGGGCCAUGAUAAUGAACAUAUUGAAAGCAGUGAAAGUAAAGAUAUUAAUGAAAACGAUGAGAAUCAAGAAAAUAAUAAAAAUACGGAAAUGGCUGCUACAGUAACACAAGAUGUUGAGGAAUCGUGUACAAAAAUAGAAAUCUCGAGGAUAGAGGAAGAAGACAAAGAGGAACCGAUGACGAAUCCUACACCACCGCCGAAGCCGCCGAGACUAAAGUCUGGAAGUGCGGAAAGUCCGAGCAACGAAAAAGAAUCUUUAAAGGAGAACGAAGAGGAUGAAAAAGAAAAAGAUGACAAAGAAAUGGAGACGAACAACGAACAAGCAUUAAGUGCAAGGGCAGCUAGAAAAUCGGUAUCGGCAAUUUCGAAAGAAACUAUAGAAGCGAUCGAGAAUUCGAUAGAAAAGGUCGAUGAAGAUGGAGAACGCGUGGAAGAACCAGAGAAAGCGGAAAUAGACAGUACGCAGGAUGAUGCUGAUGUCGUGCAGUCUCCGCCUCCGCGAACAGCCAAGAUGGCGAAGUUGUUUAAAGGUAAACGACAGCAAGAGGUGCAGAAUGGAACUAAGAAGUCAAGCAGCACAGCGAAUCCGAAAGCUAAGUCAAAAACAUGCACAAUUCUGUGAUCGGGAAAACUUCGAAGAGACAUUACAAUUCAUUAUAUUUUUAUAAGUAUACUAAUGAUAUGCUCGUCGCUGGGACCAAAAAACCUUGUGAAACCGGAAAUCUCCAAUAAUAGAUAUCAAAACACAAAUAAAUCUUUGCUAAUCGACGCAUUUACAUGCAUAGAGAAUUAGCAUAGAUAUUCUGCAUCCUGGAUACUGCGUCGAUUUUUAUUAUACGGCGACGAAGAACUUGAGUAAAAACGCCAGUUACAUUAACAACGUUUUUAGGCAUUGUAAAUAUAAGUCACGCAUAA